GUGUGUGCGUGCCUGUGUGCCUGUGCGUGUGUUAGUGUGUGUGAUGUAUGAUGUAUGUGUAUUGCGUCACUUCUGGAGGUGAACUUUGCUAGCCAGAUGCUAACAGUCGCAGGUAGCAGCAGUGGUCGGUCAUUAUUACCAUGAAGUCAGACUUUACUGAGGUUUAAAGUUUAAACCCACGAUCCCAGCAGGACACUGUUCGUGUCACGUGUUCUUGUAGCACAGAGUCACACUCUAGUUGUUUUUUUAACUGUCGCUAACGUUGUUGCUACCUAGCUAGCUUUGGAGGAAAGUUCUGCGUUCAGCCUGACAGGAGAAGUGUUUCCUGGCGAUCGACUGUAAGGACACAUCUGCAGGUUGUCACACUGGAUAUGUAACAUGGUGUUCGUGGAGACAGCGGGGGUGUUCAUCUCCUCCAUCACCUCUUAACACACUUCGAAGUCCGGUAACGUUGGCUGAAAUCAACCAGCUUCAAAACGGCAGCAGGAGAAGAGAACCGGGACUCGUCCUGCUCAAAGAUGGAGUUAGCUCCGGCUCACCCGGCUCUCAAAGCCUUUAUGUGUGGCUCUCUCAGUGGCACCUGCUCAACGCUGCUCUUCCAGCCUUUGGAUCUGGUGAAGACACGUCUCCAGACUCUGCAGAACAAUGCCAAGCUGGGGUGUAUUAUUAUGAUAAAUAUUCUCAGCACUUUUAUUUCUCUCUUGUAGUCAUUUAUGCGCUGCAUCCCCGGGGUCGGCAUCUAUUUUAGCACCUUCUACUCCCUGAAGCAGCACUUCUUCCUGGACCGCGCACCCAACGCUGGUGAGGCUGUUCUUCUCGGAGCGGGCGCCAGAUCUGUGGCUGGCGUCUGCAUGCUGCCAUUCACUGUCAUCAAGACACGCUAUGAGAGUGGCUGCUACAACUAUGGGAGUGUGAUCAAGGCACUGAGGAGUGUGUAUAAAACAGAGGGAGUCAGGACUCUGUUCUCGGGGCUGACAGCCACACUGCUCAGAGACGCUCCAUUCUCUGGCAUUUACGUCAUGUUCUACAGCCAGGCCAAGAGGGCGCUGCCGCAAGAGGUUGCAUUGUCGGGCUACGCUCCCCUGGUGAACUUCGGCUGUGGAGUAGUGGCAGGUGUCAUGGCGUCGCUGGUCACACAGCCUGCAGAUGUGGUGAAGACCCACAUUCAAGUUAGCACAUCUCACUGGAGCACGGCAGAUGCUAUUCGCUACAUCCACAAGGAGCACGGCAUGGCUGGGUUUUUUCGUGGCGCUGUGCCCAGGUCUCUGCGGCGCACUCUGAUGGCUGCCAUGGCUUGGACUGUCUAUGAGCAGUUGAUGGCUCAGAUGGGUCUCAAGUCCUGAAGAGCGACGGUGCUGAGCCCCCCCCAAAAAACUGAUUGAAUACAAGUGGAUGAUUAUAUAUUUUCUCACCGAAAGACAUGUGCAAGAGGAAAAGGCGGCCGAGCCUAUAGAGAGUGAGCCAAGGAUUUAAGCAGAGCAACCAGGUGGAUAAACGUCUGAAAAAAGAGUGCAAGUGCCAUGUGUGUGGGUGUGUAUAUAUCUGUGUGUAUCUGCGUUAGUGUGUUAUUUAACUGUUUAACUGUGAAAAUGUGCCUGUUGGUGUGUACGUUUGAAACAUUGCAGUAUUACACCUGACACACUCUUACAUCAGUCUUGGACUGAAGUGCCACUCCUGCUGUAAAGUGAACUUAUUCCUCAUCUUACUUUUUAUGUCUGGACCCUGAGGAACAGCUAGCAGUCAAGAGAUGCCCUUGACAGAGGGCCUGUAUUCCUGCUGGACAACAAAGUUGCUUUGGACAAGGUGUUUAAAAAACACUUUCAUGACAAAGGGGACAUUCAGCAGGCUGGUGCACUGUGCCUCUGCGAAGGUAACUAAAGCACUGCAGAGAAAGAGAUGACCUCUGGUUUCUGCCAUAUUUAUGAAACGUAAGAUUUAGCAAUGUUUCUCAUUUGCCAUUUGAUCUUAAUUGACAAGUGGAUUUAAGGGGGGGAUUUGUUUGUUUCAGGCUCAGACAAUCACAAGUUCUAAUAUAGUUAGAAUAUGUGAAGCAAUUCUGCAUUAACUUCAAUAAUCACAAUAAAGCCUUUGUUGCCAUAUUACUCAAAACUAUGCUAAAUUAAUUUAUACACACCUGGUGCAUUUUUCUGCAUAAUGAUGCUUUUAAUAGAAACAAUAACAGUCACAUCUGUGCUAAAAUAUAUUCAGACCUGUGAGGGCCUCUCAGUCACAUCAGGAUUUAGUGUUUUUUUUUAAAUGUGUUUUUAAUAUAAAUUAUUUUUUAGCGCUGUAGAGCAGCUUUUUAUGAAUCCCAAUCUUUUUGUUUGUAUUGUGCACUGGAGCCAUAUGGUACGUAGUCAUGCAGCCAUGUUCACACUAUAUUCAGUUUGCAGCAGUAACACAGUAUACGAACACAGCACAUAAACAUGCUUUUCAAAGUUUGCCAACACACUUAGAGUAAAAAGGAAUUUUAAAAACCACAAUGUCCAUGAUUGUGAUGUUUACAAAUGGUCAUAGUGAUGAGUCCGGGUUCAAAGCAUAGACCGUAAACAUAGAUGGACCAUGGGUAUCCACUUCCUCCUGUUAUUUUCAACUUGUGCUGAUGACAUCAUUUGUUACCAGGGUAGUAGUCGGGAAUACCUGCUGAAAUACGUGUUUGACUAAUCGCAAGUCAGUCUCACGUGUCACUUGCAUCAUUUCAACCCAUUUUUAUAGCAUCAGAGAACUUAUUUACACACAACCUACUGGAAAAAACUACCUGAAAAAAAAUUAAUGGCAAUGUAUUUUGCCUUUUUAUUUUUACCUAUUGUUCUAUUUGUUAUGGAGGAGGUGAGGUUUAUGCUAUAGCCACCAGGGAGUGAUUGAGACUAGCUUCACAUUUGGGGAGCCAUCAUGUCUAUCUUAAAUUACAGUCUAUGGUUCAAAGCCUGUUCUGUUGAAGUCAGAUUUACGCUCUUCUGUUAUUCUACAGUGUAGCAAAGGAAAACAAACGUGUAUACUUAAUACACAAGUUUAAAUGAUCUUGAAG